AUGUCCCCGCAGCGAGGUCGGGAGUCGGUGAAGAAGAUGUUGCAGGCCAACUACUUGGAGGACGGCGGCGCAGGAGAAGUUGGCAACCACGGUGCGGUCAGGGCGAGAGUGCCGGAAGGUCUUGAACCGCUCGCUCGCGAUGAAACGGCCGGGCGCACUACUGGGACCGCACGAGACGUCCACAACACUUCUUCCCCGACUCCUACCGCCUCGUCCGGCUACGACAACUCGCUCAGCGAUGUCGCUGUCGACGCUUUCCCCUGUGGCGACGAAGCGCCGGUCAUCGCCAAUGCGCAGCACUUGCAUUCGACGUCUCCGUCGACCCGCUCCUAUUCGCCCGAAGUCGUCAUGGACGAAGCUGGUGCUUUGCCUCAGCCAUCGGCUCCGCAGUUUCCAGAGCCCGAAGAUGCGGACGCAUCGAUGCCCGGCUCAACAACGGUCGUCAAUCCAGGAUCCGACACCGACUCCGCAACCUCGACCUCGUCGCGCAAGACGUCUGCCGGUUCCUCUCCGCGACCCCGUUCAUCCACGCCCGUCAGGCUUGCCGACUUCCUCGCCAACUCGAAGAUCAAGUCGACCCGCACGACGGGAACCUCGCGCACCUCGAACGGCGCUCGUCCGCGUGCUCGUUCUUCCGCAGCCUCGUCUACGCGUCUCUCGCACGACACCCUGCCCGACACUCGUUCGGCGAGCUCAUUCGCCUCCUCCUCGCGCGUUCAGGUUGAACACCCAAUCUUCGAUGCGGUCCAUCCUGCAGCCGCAGCAAACGUCGAGGCCGGCCGGCACCAAGGCGGAAAUUAUGGGAACCCCGAAGGCGCGAUUGAGGCGGCGAAGCGCGCUCUCCAGCGGCAGCUCGACGACAUGGAAGCGCAGGGACGCGAGGCGGCUGAGUCGGCCUGGGGUGCGGAACCGGAAGACGCUGUCUCCGUCCAUCUCGCCUUCGGUACAGCACGCGAAGGACCGUCGAAGUGGCUUACGGGGCUCAACAUGCCGCUUGCCCGUCGUCAUGACUCGACGACUCCCCUCUCGAAGCUCCCACACAUCGACAGACUGGUUGUUAUCGGAGCAGACGGGAUCACCGACGACCUCGUCGCCCUCCGCGACGACUUUCUCUCCCGCAUGCAGCCCACCGCCGAGCUGUGCUUCACGAUCAACCAGUCGCGCGGCAAGAGCAUCGUCGUCACGGUCGAGGACCUCCUCGAAGGCGUCGAAGCGCACAUCGCCGAGGAAGACGUGGAAGACGUCAAUCCCCAGGUCUUGCAGCUCUUGACCCUCAUGGUAUACUACGGCUUGACGAGGCGCGUCGGCCAAAGCGAAGCGGCGAAGCGCAACGGUGGCGAGCUUCAUCGGAAGAGGAGGACAACUCGCCAACGUCCGAAGGCCCGCCGCGGCGCUUAUGAAGGACAUUCAGGCGCGAGUUGCGACAGCGGCGAGGAGUCGGAGGACGCUCCAGCGCCCCGUCGCAAAUUCGCUCGCACCUUCGAACAUUCCCAGCCGCAACAUUGGCACCUCUAUGAGCGGUGCGGACUGAAUGACUGCCCGUUUGUUAACCUGCCAAAGCUCCUCCCCCAGCAUCGCCGCGGCGAUUUCUGCUGGGGCAGAUGUCCCGAAGGAUGCGACAUUCUGACCGGCGGAGCGUUGGGCAAGCGUGCUCACAUCGCUGCCGAACAUCCCGAACGAGCUCUGUGCGAUCUUGACACUUGCCCGAUGUCGUACGCUGUCGGCCGGUCGCAAGCGCGCAAUCUGCAGAACCACGGCGAUCAGCAUCGUCAAGGCUCGUAUUGGCCCUACGGUCUCCAGUCACGGAACCGAUGGGUAACGCUCGAGCAGGCGCUGACGCGGCCGCUCUGGGAUGGAUCGGAAGGUUAA